GUUUCUAAUCUGUCCUACACUUGUCUAAAAUGUUUUAUGAUAUCAUUUUGUUUAAACGAAUCAGGUAGCAGAUUGUGAAGUUUAUCUGCUAGCUACGAUCGUUUGCUUUACUUAAAACGAUUUUCUUAUGACGUCAUUUAACGCUGCAUUUUAAACGGAUUUGACUAGAUUCAAAGUGAGGACGUUGACUCGGUGACUCCCCGACGGCCAUCUUGGUGUUUUGGUUUUCGUUUCAGAGAAAUUGUGUCGAUUUUCACUGUUAUUGGCAGUGGUCAUGUACGGCAGCAGCUAUGGCGGUUUCGGCGGUGGGUUCGGCGGCGGCCGAAUGGGGAUGAAGAGCAGCCAGCCGGGCGGCAACCUGCGCCGGCCCGACUGGUCCUCCAUCAAACUGACCCCGUUCCAGAAGGACUUUUACCAGCCGCUGCCGCACGUGCUGGCGCGCAGUCAGUCGGAGGUGGACGCGUUCCGUCAGCGCAGUGAGAUCACGGUGCGCGGCACGGUGGUGCCGCAGCCGCUGAUGGAGUUCCAGGACUGCGCCAUGCCAGACUACAUCAUGAACACCAUCCGGGCGAACGGUUUCCAGCACCCGACCCCGAUUCAGGCUCAGGGCUGGCCGAUCGCCCUCUCCGGCCGCGACAUGGUCGGUAUCGCCCAGACCGGCUCCGGCAAAACGCUGGCCUACAUGUUGCCGGCCAUCAUCCACAUCAACCAUCAGGACUACCUGCGGCCGGGCGACGGACCGGUGGCUCUGGUGCUGGCACCCACCCGUGAGCUGGCCCAGCAGAUCUCUGAGGUGGCCAGCGAGUUCGGUCGCUCCUCCAAGCUGCGGCACACCUGUGUGUACGGCGGAGCGCCCAAGGGAGGACAGCUGCGUGACCUGGAGCGCGGCGUGGAGAUCGUGAUCGCCACUCCGGGCCGGCUGAUUGACUUUCUGGAGAUGGGCAAGACCAACCUGCGUCGCUGCACCUAUCUGGUGCUGGACGAGGCCGACAGGAUGCUGGACAUGGGUUUCGAGCCGCAGAUUAGGAAGAUUGUGGAGCAGAUCCGACCCGACAGGCAGACGCUCAUGUGGAGCGCCACGUGGCCCAAGGAGGUGCGUCGUCUUGCCGAGGAGUUCCUGACCGACUACACCCAGCUAAACGUGGGCUCCCUGGACCUGGCCGCCAACCACAACAUCCUGCAGAUCGUCGACGUCUGUGAGAGCCACGAGAAGUUCCAGAAACUGUUCCGCCUACUCGAGGAAAUCAUGGCCGAGAAGGAGAACAAGACCAUCAUCUUCACCGAGACGAAGCGCGGCUCGGACGAGCUGACCCGCCAGAUGCGCCGCGAGGGAUGGCCGGGGAUGUGUAUCCACGGCGACAAGUCACAGCAGGAGCGCGACUGGGUGCUGCGGGAGUUCCGCAGCGGCCGCUCGCCCAUCCUCGUCGCCACUGAUGUGGCUGCGCGCGGCCUGGACGUCACGGACGUCAAGUUCGUCAUCAACUUCGACUACCCCAACAACUCUGAGGACUACAUCCACCGGAUCGGGCGCACGGCUCGCAGCCACAACACGGGCACCGCCUACACGUUCUUUACGGCUGAGAACGCGGCCAAGGCACGCGAUCUGAUCUCGGUGCUGCGUGAGGCCAAUCAGGUGGUCAACCCGAAACUGAUCGAGCUGCAGAACUCGAGCCGUGGAUACGGAGGACGCAGCCGGUACGGCGGUGGCCGCGGGUACGGUGGUGGUGGUGGACGCCGCUCCGGAGGACGCUGGUAAACCCUCCAGCCAGUGCAACCACUGGCAGAAGAGCCACUCGAAAACCUGUGGAAGAAGUGGGACAAACACACGGUCCUUGACAUGUACAACGUAUGACGAGGACUGACGCUCCCGAAGGCUGGCAGUCUGAAUUGCUGGGAGUGGUCCAGAAGAGCUAUGUGGCUGGAGCAGGAGGUUCGUAAUGAGUAGGUGAAAUGAGCCUCAGAACAUCAUUUCGGCUUAAAUAUUGCUUCUUCAUUUGGUAAUGAGUAAGUCAUAGUGUAGGAUUGCUUUCAGUAAUAAUUCAAGCUAAAGCUUUGAUCGAUCUCAUUUCGAUUUUAUCCAUUUAAAACUUGCAUUAAAAUGUGAAUCAAUUUGGCAAAAUUUUGGAAUCAUUGGCUUUUAACAUCAUACUAUGCACUACACAACGACCGUUGUGUUUUGAACGAGUUUUCCCCUUGGUGUAAGAUGAGUCCGCGUCGCCAUCUAAUGGUGGAUCUCCGCGGCCCUCGUCCCCGGCUGCCAGGCCGGUGGACUGUAAAUACCGUUAACGCCAGAACGCGUGAGCUGAGCGCCUGAACGAGUACGCACGGAGCAGUGCGGAAAGGAGUGCGUGGCGCGUGCCCUUGGGUGGUGGACGGCCUCAAACGCAUACAAAGAGGCGCAGUGUACAAAUGAAACUGAGGUCUAGUACGUAAUUGGCCCUGCUUGCGGGCCCCGCGGCGAUUCUAUGUGUGUUGUGUGAUCUUAGCUUGCCCGUUGAAAGGUAUUUGCGGGUGCAUUCCUCGGCCUGGGCUCAAAAAUUACCCCCGGGAUGACCUUGACCAUGGCUCUCUCGCAGCUUACCUACCUUUGGCGAAGGGCGAUCGUCGCACGAUCAUCUUCUUGGGGCUAGGAAAUUGUAACGUCAGGCUACGCUCUAGGUGUUCUUUAAAGUGGGGAUGGUGUCGGUUGCUGGACCGUUUCGGGAGGUUCGCUAAAGCUAUCACCAGUGUAUUUGUGUAAGCGUCUUUACGCGAGACUGCCCCCAUAGUUAGGCGUCUUGCAGUGUAGUGUGGCGCGCACGCGAGCUUGAAUUUAUUUAGAUUUAUGCGAUAUUAUCUGCCGACUUGUAAUCCUGUUACCCCCGUAGUUAUUUCGGCCUUGGACGUUUUCGGGAAUGCUAAGGUGCAGGCUUGAUGUCGAGAGGCCCGGCUCCGUUCCCAGAUGUUGGGACGGGAUUGGUGCGCCCGCUCCAUAUGCUUUGUUGGCUAUCUGUAGCGGCUUUAGCGACUGCUGCGUUUUGUGAGGAAAUAAACGUUCUUAUAAAUUA